AUGAAGUGCUCGGCCUCCACGCUGGCCGACCACCAGGCCAACCUGCAUGGGUUUGGCCCCGCCCUCACCUGCCGGGCCGCACCUGGCGGCCCCGCGCUCACCUGCGGCCCCCGGCGCAGGUUCGGGAGCAAGGAGGAGUACAUGGCGUUCAUGAACGAGUUCCUGGAGCUGGAGUGGGCGAGCAUGCAGCAGUUCCUGUACGAGAUCUCCAACCUGGACACGCUGACCAACAGCACCAGCUUCGAGGGCUACAUCGACCUGGGCCGCGAGCUGUCCACGCUGCACGCGCUGCUCUGGGAGGUGAUGAGCCAGCUCAGCAAGGUGCGCACCUGGGCAGGGCUCACCUGUGCGGCCACAGCCUCACCUGUGCCGGAGUACCCCGACGAGCAGACGGCGCGGACGCUGACGCUCAUCGCCAAGGUCAUCCAGAACUUGGCCAACUUCACCAAGUGA